GCCUCUAUCCUAAUGUCCCUACCUGCCGACGCGAACCCCAUUCUGGACGGUAAUUCGCCAGCUGUCUUAACAAUCUUGGCAUGUUAAACUCAGCAAAAAUACGCCUGGCUCAAAAUCGGUUCAGUUCCUCUCAAUCUUGCACCACAAGGCGGUGACGGGGCGCCAAACGCUAAUCCAAAGGAUCAUCUACGUCAUCGGUUUUUCCUACGUUCAGCUCUUACUUGCGCAAGAAUUUUCUCCCAGAUUGAAGUGUUUGUGAAGUUCAUCUCCUUCUCCCGGCCAAUUCCUAACGGCCAAAUCUUUUCACACCUCCCGCUAUGGCUACAGGCUGGCCACAUUGGGCUGAGAUAUCGGGACUUCUUGCUUGGUCCCUGAUACUGGUUGUGACAUUAGGUAAUAUUCUACUCGGAAGCCAUCAACGCAGACAGAAUAAAACCUCCCCUACGACAACGGUGGAGAUCCCCCCCAAAAACUCCAGCAAAUCUCUCACUCUGCGCAUUCAGGAAAUUCCAACGAAUGUGACCCAAAACGAGCUCUUGAGCGAACUCGAAAAUCUAAGCCAUCGCAUUGGCGUCUCCAGAACAGGCGAUACGAAUGUCAUACAUCUCUCUUUAGUUAGGAGGGAUAAACGAGGCGCCUGUGCUACAGUCACAUUUCGAUCUCUUCCACAGCCAUUGGAAGAUAUCGAGAGGGAAUCCCGAAUCGUUCACCGAUAUGCGUAUGAUAUUAAGUUUCUUGGUAUCACCCCAGUCUAUGAAGGACAUGGACAAAGGGAUUCUAUAGUGGAUGUAAUCGCGGUCCCUGGUCUUGGAUCUCACCCGAUAGGAACGUGGAAAGCAUCUGGAAGCGAUGAUGUUUGGUUACGCGAUUUCCUUCCAAGCGACGUACCAGAUACCCGAGUUUUGCUGUACGGAUACGACACAGCGUUGGCUAAGAGCGACUCGAAACAGUCCAUUGUGGACCUAGCGAAGACGUUCUUGGAGCUCAUCAAAGCGUUCCGAAUCACUACUUCUACUAAUCAUCGACCGAUCAUAUUCAUUGGACACAGCUUGGGAGGAUUACUCGUGAAAGAAGCGCUUUCUUUGGCAAUUCAAGCUCAAGGUGAUUCAGAAUACACCAAUAUCUACAAAAGCUGCUAUGCUUUGCUCCUUUUUGGUGUGCCAAACCUCGGUAUGAGAAACGAUCAGUUAAGGUCAAUCGUCAAGGGCCAGCCAAAUAAAAGGCUCAUAGAUGACCUGGUUGUUGAUAAAGACUCGGAGCCUUCAUCGUUUCUAUCUAGUCUAUCUAGACGAUUCGCAGAUUGCUGUUUGAAUCAAGGCUUCGAGGUCAUAUCGUUUUAUGAGCGGAGCGAGAGUCCGACAGUUGUGCAAAAAACCGAUGGAACUUUGACCAGGUCGGGACCAAAACAAUUACUGGUCACAGAAGAAUCCGCAACUAGGACAGGGCUACCAGAUAUGUUCCAUCAGCAUAUACCUCUAGAUACUGAUCAUUCAGGCCUUGUGAAAUUUGAAAGUCGCUCUCAUGGUUCAUACGAGAUAGUCAUGCAAAAGAUCAAAAAAUAUGUAGCGGAAGCACCAGAGGCGAUUUCAAAACGAUUUAUUCCAAGACUUUCGCCUGCACAAGAACGAUGCUUAAAGCAUUUGGCCACAUUUCCCGUAUCAGAGGUCAGGGAUAGGAUCAGUGAUGCUGAAAAUGGAACUCUGCAGUGGGUAUCAUUAGAUCCGAAAAUCGACCAGUGGCAGAAAUCAGACGUAUCCGGCCUGCUGUGUAUUUAUGGCUCUCCAGGCCAAGGGAAGUCCGUUCUGUGCAAGAAUAUUCUUGAGAAACUUGAACAGAAGGUUCAAAGCAAGCAAGAAACAUCCUCGCACAAGAUUAUCUACUUCUUCUGCUCUGGCCAACUUGAUCCACGGUUUCAGAACGCGGAGACAAUCUUGAGGGCCUUGAUCGUGCAGCUUCUUUCCUCUCCGCAAAUGUUCACGCACUUGCCCCUGCAAUAUCAGAAGCGAGCAGAGUACUGGGAUACAGCACCGCUUGCAAGGUUAUGGGCCAUAUUUCACGACAUGAUUUCCGAUGAAUGUCAUCACGAGAUAUGUUGUCUCAUUGAUGGCUUGGACGAGUUCGAGAGUGGAAUAAUCGAUCUUCUCGAGCGAAUUCGAAGACUAUUUUCCUCUUUACCGGUUACAAAAAGACCCACGAUCAAGUUCUUGAUCGUUAGCAGGCAUAAGAAAAAUAUCUCUAAUGCUCUUGCCAAUAGCGAAACUCUAUAUCUGCGAGCUCGCUAUGAAGAUAUUCAACGCUUUAUAGGAGCCAAAUUGAAAGAGUUGGACAGUGCAUUGGAAAGAUUUAAGCCAGUGAUAGAGGAAAAGCUCGCUGCUAAAGCCGGUCCGACGUUUCUAUGGAUCUCGAUUGUUAUCAAGAGGAUAAAACGACUGGAUCUACCGAACCAGAAAAAAAUUAUACGAGAAAUCGAAGAUAGUCCUCCGGAAUUGGAUGAACUCUAUCAAAUAUUGGUAGAGGUUCUUUUGAAGGACGAGGAUACAGCUCGACUUCUGACUUGGGUCACAUUCGCACGCAAACCCUUAUCUCUCAUGGAACUAGAGACAGCUUUAGCUUUACGUCCAGAAAAGAACUGUCGGUGCACAAAAGACACCAAGGAAUAUCGAACAUAUCUGACUGAAAGAUCUGUAAAUAAAAGUGCAGGUCUUCUUCUGGAAGUCCGCGAUGGAAAGGUGUAUUUAAUACAUCAGUCACUAAAGGACUUUUUGUCAAAGGCAGACAAUCCUCUCUCGGCAUCAGAUUUUCUACAUGCAGAAAACCCUGAUACAUUUCUUGCUCGGGCUUGUAUCAGGUACUUAGAUUUUGAUGACUUUGAAUCAGCAGCGUUAGUUGCAAACAUCCGAGACAACCCUGAAAGAAGAGAAGAAAUAUCGCAGCAUACUCUCCUUGAAUAUGCAUCGCGGCACUGGUAUUCGCACGUUCGCAGCGAUGGCGAUGCCUCUCUACUAUCUUCAGAGUUCAGCGGAAUUCUCUGGCAUGAAAAUUUUCGAGCCCAACUUUGGUUCACGGUAGCUUCUGGUCAGCGAACAGAAUAUACGACACGAGGUUCUGUUGCAAUCGAACUAGAUAUUGAUUGGCUUGCUCGAUUUAUUUUUCAUGACGAAAAGGACGCAGUGAAAAAGGAUCUCCCAGUGGACUGCCUUACAACCGUGGUAGCAAAAGGGGGCCAGGUGUUGAAGGCUUUACUGGACUAUGGCGAGCCAUAUCUAUCUGGCGUCACAGAGGAAGUGAUGAAGGCAGCAGCACAGAAUAUUAACGGUGAAAGGGUCAUGACACUGCUACUAAAUCGACUAGGAAAUGAUAUUCAGAUCACAGAAGAAGUGGUGAGGGAAGCAGCAAUGAAUUCUAAUGAAGCCACAAUGACACUGUUAAUGGAUCGAAUGGGAGAUGAUAUUCAGAUCACUGAACGAGUGGUAGAGGCAGCAGCAUGGAAUUUUAAUGGUGAAUCUAUGGCGCUGCUCCUUGAUCGACGAGGAGACGAUGUCCAGAUUACGCAAAAGGUGGUAGAGGCAGCAGCACAGAACUGGAAUGGCAAAAGGGCUAUGACGAUACUGCUUAACCGACGAGGGAAUGAUAUUCAGAUCACCCAAGAGGUGGUGGAAGCAGCAGCAUUAAAUUACAAUGGUGAAGUUAUGGCGGUGCUGCUGGGUCAACGGGCGAAUGAGAUUGAGCUCACAGAAGAGUUAACAGCAUGGAUUGCCUCAAGGUUUGAUGUGGAGGUUAUGACACUUCUCCUAGACCGGCGAGGGGACGACGUUCAGAUCACCGAUAAGGUGGUGAAGGCGUCCAUAAUGAAUCGUUAUGGCAAAGAAGUCCUAGAGUUGCUGUUAGAUCGACGAGGAGAUGAUAUUCGUAUCACAGAAGAGUUUGUAAAAGCAGCUGCAUCGAAGUUUUAUACCGGUGGAGUUAUGGCGUUGUUAUUGGAUCGACGAGGGGAUGAAAUUCAGAUUACGGAAGAGUUAACGGCAUUAAUGGCCGAGAGAUCUAGCGUGGAGGCUAUGUCGAUGCUUCUAUAUCGACGAGGGGAUGAUCUACAAAUUACAGAAAAGGUGCUGGUGUCGGCAGCAAGGAAUUAUGACGAAAACGUUGUGGCACUACUGCUGGAUCAACAAGAUGAUAUUCAGAUCACGGAGGAGGUGGUUAAGGCAGCGGCAGGGAAUCGUAAUGGAGCGAUUAUGACGAUGCUUCUAGAUCGACUGGGAGAUGAUUUCCAGAUCACAGAGGAAGUGCUGAAGGCAGUAGAAGGGAAUUGGAGCGAUGGCAGCGUUAUGAGGCGGCUACUGGGUCGGCGAGGAGAUGUUCAAUGUACGGAAGAUGUGAUUGAGACAACAGUCACAGCCGAUGAGAAGCAUGUACUCUAAUCUGAGGAAGAUGCGAGGGAACUCAAAGCUCGAGAUUUACUGCAUGUCAAAUGGUUAAUUUCCUACAUUGAUCGAUGCGAUAUUUUGGGAUUACGCUGUUGCGCUGGUGUUAUAUCUCGCCGAAAUGGCUUUGAUUUUCCUGCUCCGUUUCCACUCG